AUUUUAUUAAAUGAAUUAAGGGUGCUCAUAUAAAUAUUGUAUUAAUACUGCAAUAAUUGAUGCAAUAUACUCUUGUCCUACUUGUUAAAAUAUGAGAUAUUGUUCAUAGAAAUGUAGAGACACAGAUUGGUAAAUUGAAAUCUUAAUGUAGGACAUUAUCUCAUAAGAAUAAUUGUCGCUAAAUAAAAGGAAAGAGUUUAUCUGAGUUGAAUGAUUCCGCAUCAACAUUGAAAUCAAUUCGUAGAUGUCCUGAAGACUUUGAAUUAAUAGUUAAGGAUAAUAAAAUGGAAUUAGGUAAAGGUAGUUAUGGUUGUGUAAAAUUGGUUAAGGAUAAAUAAAAUGGUUAGAUGUAUGCAAUGAAAGUGGUAAGACAUAUUAUUUAAAAUAGAUGAACAAAAAAUAAAUAUUUGAGUAUUGUUCUGUUGAAAAUUUAAAGAGAGAAAUCAAGAUAUAAAGAAGAUUGUAACAUCCACAUAUAACUAAAUUAUUUCAUUAUUUUGAAGACAAAGAAAAUGUAUUUCUUAUAUUAGAAUUAGCAGGUAUAAUAAACUAUAUAUUUAAGAGAAUGGUAGUUUAUUCAGUUAUAUAAGAAAAAGAAGAAGACUUCCAGAAAAUGAAGCAUUUGUUUACUUUUUCUAAACUUGUUUAGGAAUUGAUUAUUUGCAUAAGAAAAAUAUAAUACAUAGAGAUCUUAAACCAGAAAAUCUUUUAUUAGAUAAAUAAGGGAAUAUUAAAGUAUGUGAUUUUGGUUGGUCUGCAGAAACUACAUAAAAUGGAGUUCGAAGAACCUUUUGUGGUACUUUAGAUUAUAUGGCACCAGAAAUGUUGAAAAAUUAACCAUAUACUUUCACUUUGGAUAUUUGGUGUUUGGGUAUUUUAUUAUUUGAAUUAAUUCAUGGUUUUGCACCUUUUAAAGGAAGAACUGAAAAUGAGAAAUGUAAUAAUAUUGUUAAAAUGACACCUAUUGAAUAUGAUCCUUAACUAUCAAUUGAAGCUAAAUCUUUAAUCUAGGGAAUACUCAAACAUAAUCCUAUUGAAAGAUUAUCGAUGAAUUAGAUCUUUGAACAUUCUUGGAUGAAAAAAUUCUAUAAAAGCUAUGGUAUAGAUCUCAGAUCUUACAUGUAUAAGGAAGAUAAACAUAAUGAUUCAUCAAAUCGAUCUAUCUCUCCUUAAAAUGAGGAUAUCAUCACAAGGUCAUUUGUAACAAACCCUCCAUCAAAUACUAAUUCCAAUUUGAAGCCUUUAUCCAAAUCUUCUAAUUAUGUUUCUCAAUAUAACAAUAAUAACCCAAAAUCAACUGCUUCCUCAAAUUAUAAUUAAGAGGAAGAAUUUAAAGCUAGAGUCAGUAGACUUUCCUAACGAUAAUAAAUGGCAUAAGGAUUAAGGGAAAUUCAAGGAUAAUAAACAAGAUAAGAAGAAUUGGGAUUUAUGGAUAAAGUAUUUUCUGCAUUUGGAUGUUUGAGUAGAGAUAAAUAAUAAACUUAAUCUCAUAAUUCUUGA